AUGGCAGUUCUCCGGCCGGGUCGACUUCGAUCCCUUUUACUCGCAAUCCUCGCAUCGAUCCUCGUAUGCACCGUCUAUGUAUACUGGACCCCAACUACCGCCGCUUCCUCUACCGUCCCCGUUGUACCCAGUACGGCAUUCGAAGUCCCACUUGCAGAGCGCCAAAAGGAUUUCUGGAAGGCGUUGCAGCCCCUUCUAGAUCAACAUCAUCCGAACUGCCCGUCUCCUAUGAAAGAAGGGGACGCUGCUGCCAAUCACUUCGAUCCGAACCAAGAUGCGCCGAGGCCAGACAUGACGGUGAUGAGCGAGGAUGAUCAGAAGGCGAUGGAGAAUGCACACACUCGUUUUGUCGAGGCGAUUCGGAACCCACCCAAGGCAUUGAAGCCGGUUCACACCCCGGGAAAGCGAGGCCUAGUGUCAACCGCCGGUGCAAAGUAUCUCCCUGUGUUUCUGUCGAGCUUACGAAUGCUUCGACGGGCUGGGUCCACGUUACCUGUAGAACUGUACAUGAAGGAUGCCAGCGAGUACGAGAAGAAAAUCUGUCGCGAUGUGCUUCCCGAAUUCGAUGCGCAAUGCAUCGUUUUGGCCGACGUGAUGGGGAAGAGUGCGAUUGAACAUUAUCAGUUGAAGAUCUUUGCCGUUCUAUUCUCCUCCUUCGAGCAGAUUGUCUGGAUGGACGCAGACUGCUUUCCGCUCGGGAAGCCAGAGGACCUUCUUCAUUCGGAGCCCUUUGUCUCGACCGGACUGGUCACCUGGCCUGACUUUUGGGCUUCCUCUGUAUCCCCUCUCUACUACAAGAUCACUCGCCAAGAAGCGCCCCCUCUGACAGUCCGUCAAUCAUCAGAGACAGGGGUCUUCCUUGUAUCAAAACAGACACAUCUCCAGGCCCUGAUACUCGCCGCCUACUACAACUUCUACGGCCCGUCGCACUAUUUCCGACUUUUGACGCAGGGGGGUCCGGGAGAGGGCGACAAGGAAACUUUCCUGCAUGCCGCCAUGGCGUUGGGCGCACCUUUCUACGCAGUGAGCGACCGAGUCCAAGCGAUUGGACAUCAAAACGGCGGCAAGCUGUCCGGUUCAGCAAUGGUGCAAACGGAUCCACGAGAAGACUACGCCCUCACUACUCAGAACAAGUGGCGCGUCAAGGACCCCUCCGUUGCCCCAGCACCUCGACUCUUCUUUAUUCACGCCAACUAUCCCAAGUUCAACCCGGGGGACAACGUGUUCGGAUUGGGCUGGGAAACCACUCCCACCAUUAAGGCGGAUGGAUCAGACAGCCGUGCUUGGACCGCGCCGUCAGACACCCUUCGUCGUCUUGGUUAUGAUGCGGAGAAGGCGUACUGGGAAGAAAUCAAGUGGGUGACCUGUCAUCUUGAGAACGUGUUUGAGUCGUGGAAACACAAAGCUGGUCUUUGUAUCAAGGUGGAAGACUAUUGGAAUAACGUGUUUGCCGAGCCGCAUAACGAUGACCCUGUGUUCUCCCAAGAUGGCUGA